CAAGCAUUUGAGAUGCAACUGGCAAACUGGACACAAGUGAAUGAAUUCAUCCUGGUUGGUUUUCCUGGAGAUCUGAGGCUGCAGCUCUUGUUAUUCACCACUUUUCUGGUUGCCUACACACUGACAAUAAUGGAGAAUGUGGUGAUCAUUGCCUUAAUUUGGAUGAACAUCAAUCUUCAUAAGCCUAUGUAUCUCUUCCUGAGUAAUCUUUCUUUCCUGGAGAUCUGGUAUGUCUCCGUCACGGUCCCCAAAAUGCUUGCUGGCUUUGUGGCAGAAAAGAGGGAAAUCUCUUUCAUAGGUUGCAUGGCUCAGCUGUACUUCUUCCUGGCUUUGGCAUGCACUGAGUGUGUCCUUCUAACUGUUAUGGCUUAUGAUCGCUAUGUUGCCAUCUGCAACCCAUUGCGCUAUCCAGCUAUUAUGAGUCAAAACGUAUGCAUUCGUCUAGCAGCUGGUUCCUGGUUGAGUGGCAUUUUCAUCGCCAUGGGGAAGAUCAUCUUCAUCUCACGCCUGAGCUACUGUGGACCCAACAUUAUCAACCACUUCUUCUGUGAUGUUUCUCCACUUCUCAACUUGGCCUGCACUGAUAU